AAGCCCUAAAAUAAAAAAAAAUUCUCCUGAAUUUCUUUUCAGGGAGAAAGAGAAGAAACAUGGCCAGGCGAGAGAGCAGAGAUUCUGACCCUAAACGAGAACGUUCUAGAUUCGAUCGCGAAUCCAGCCCUAAGAGGUCUAGAAGAGAUGGGAAACCUGAAGCAGAACGUGUUCUGAGUAAGAAGGAUUUGGAUGUUACUGAGACAGAUAAGAAACCACGUCAGUCUCUGAGAGAUGCUACGCCACUUGAACCUGAUGUUCAUAAUCUGAGAAAAGACAGUGACAAGAAGCACUCUGGAGAUCAUGAGACAACCAAACCAGCUCCACAUGUGUCACAAGGGCCUCGUUCUAGACCAUAUCAUCAGCAUGAUGACCGUCGUAGUGCUGGGAAAGAUGACAGAAGAGGAACAUCUGAGAGAGGAUCGUGGAGAAGUUCAAGAGAUCAGAGUUAUCGAAGAGCUGGAGAUGAUGACAAGUCACAGUAUCGUAAAGAUGAAGACAAAAGCACGAGGCGACAUGAUAGGCUCCAUGAGAGUGAAGACACCCAAGGAGCACUCUCUAGGAAAAGACCGGCCUUCAGGGAGAAGAAGAUUCCCGAGAACACUGGGAAUGACACAGACAGAAAAAGAGCUGAAGAGGCAAAAGACACAAAUCUAAACAGUCGCAGAGAGAACGAGAGAAACUGGAGGAGCAAUAUGGAUUCAGAAAGACAUGAGAGACCAGCAGCAGGAAGAGACAGAGUGUGGAACAGAGAUGAUGAUCAAAGAGGUGCGGGAAGCAGGCAAAGUUAUCGACUUGAUAGAGACAGAUUCAGUAGAAAUGGACAAAGUGGGUUUCAUGGAAGCGGGACAAGGUACGAGAAGAGAUGGGACCAUGACUUGUUCGAAGAGGCCAACAAGAGUCCGGCUAAAGCCAACGAGGAAGAACAGAUUGCAAAAGUUGAAGCUUUGUUAGCUUCUUAAAGCACAUGUUAUGCUUCGUUCCUUGGUGUGGAUUUGCCUAUUAACCUUUUAAUGUCUCAGUUUGCAAAUGUAGAAGAUGAUUUCUGAGUUUAUAUAAUGAACCUCUGUUCUAUUUGUCCAACAAA